AUGUCGAACUCGGCAGUUUCCUUGUAUCUCGAUCCUCAAAUCCGUGAUUGGGUGUUGUUUCCAAUUACGGUGGUUAUGAUUUUAGUGGGUAUUCUGAGGCACUAUGUUGUGCUUUUGCUGCAAUCCCCACCAAAAAAGCUGCCAAGAGCUGCCAUACGCGAACAACGCGCCUUAGCGCGCUCUCAGAUACUCCGGACGACUUCCGCGAAUUCUCCUAUACCACCGACAUACUAUCACUCCAUUUCGCAGCACUUAUCCCAAGCCUUCGAGGAUGGAACAUAUCUCAAAGACGGACCUCCCAAGAGCGACUCUGCAGCACCUGCACCGCCAAACCCACUUACUGACCCUGCAAUGAUGGACGGCAUGAUGUCUGGGAUGAAGACACAGAUGGUGAUGAUGGUACCUCAGAUGGUCAUCAUGGGCUGGAUUAAUUUCUUCUUCCAAGGGUUCGUCCUCAUCAAGUUGCCAUUCCCUCUGACUCUCGGAUUCAAGUCCAUGCUUCAACGUGGAGUUGAGACACCUGACAUGGAUGUUCGGUGGGUAUCAUCGCUCUCGUGGUACUUCCUGAACUUCUUCGGCCUGAAUGGCCUGUAUCGGCUUAUCCUCGGCGGUGAUAAUUCUGCCGACUCCUCGCGAGAGAUGACGACACCCUUCGCUGCUACUGCCGCCCCACAAGGUCCACAGGUGCAGGACUUCAACAAAUUGUUCAAAGCAGAGCGGGAUAACUUGCAGUUUGCCGAGGGCUUGUAUGCCUGGAUAGGGCAGGACGUGGAAGAUAGGAUACUCACAAAAUACGGCAGAUCGCCAGAUGUAAUGUUAUGA